AGUAGCUCGGCCAGUGUGUCACCUUACUAUUUCCUGGUGUCUUCAAAUGAAGUAUCAGCAACCCUGACGUUGUCAGACAUAAAUGUCUGGAUAUUCCUCCAACAUGUUCUACAGGACGUUCGUUUGGGGGCUCUUAUAUGUGACGCUGAUGUUGUUUGACACUUUCAGAGCUCAAGAAUGUGAGAAGAUGAUAGACCUUGACUUUAAACACUCCAUUUCGGGGACGUCUUUGAAUGUCAGAUUGCUGCUUUACACACGGGCCAACAUCUCCUGCGGUCAUCUGCUCUCCCACCAAGAGCCCUUCAGCAAUCCUCACUUCAACCUCAGCUCUCCCACCACCUUCCUCAUCCACGGGUACCGGCCCACCGGCUCACCCCCAGUGUGGAUCUACCAGUUUGUGGAGUUCCUUCUCCACCGCCAUGACAUGAACACUAUUUUGGUGGAUUGGAACCAUGGUGCAACCAAUUUGAACUACUGGAAAGUCGUGAAAAACACGCGCAAGGUGGCUGAAAAUCUUACAGAGCUCAUCCGGAAAAUGGAGAUCAAUGGGGCCAACCUGAGCUCCAUUCACAUGAUUGGUGUCAGUCUAGGAGCCCACAUUUCAGGUUUCACUGGGGCCGAAUUUAGCGGGAGAAUUGGCAGGAUAACCGCGCUGGAUCCAGCAGGGCCAGAGUUUAAUGGUCAGCCUCCCAGUGAACGUCUAGACCCCUCUGAUGCCCAGCUUGUGGAAGCUCUACACACAGACAUGGAUGCACUGGGUUAUCGCAAUCUCCUGGGUCACAUCGACUACUAUGCAAACGGUGGAGCAGACCAGCCAGGAUGCCCCAGAAGCAUCUUUUCAGGAUCACAGUAUUUCAAGUGUGACCAUCAGAGGUCGGUGUUUCUCUACAUGAGUUCUGUGAACGGCUCCUGUCCCAUUACUGCCUACCCCUGUGAAUCCUACACAGACUUCUUAGACGGGAAGUGCAUGGAUUGUGGGAAGUUUAAGCCAGAUGGAUGUCCUGUUUUUGGUUACGAUGUUGUACACUGGAAGGAGCCACUGAUCCGGCUUGGACAAACAAGGACGUUUUUCCAAACAAAUGAAGCUCCUCCAUUCUGCAAGUUCGGUUACAAGGUUGAAAUUGUCACAUGGAACCAGAAAUUGCAUUGGGGAUAUUUAACAAUUAAAUUACACAACGGAAAGGAAGAGACACAAGUUGAACUCAACCAUAAAUCCAUAAAGUUUGAGAAGUAUGUGGAGACCAGUCUUCUUGCUCAGUUUGACAGAGACAUCCAGCCGGUUAAAAAGAUCACACUGAAGUUCUGUCCGGCGAAAGGAGUCCGGCCACGUAAGAAACUACGGCUGCUGCGCAUACGCCUGACUCCUCUACAGAACAACCUCAGGCCUCUGUGUCGCUAUGAUCUUCUGCUGGAGAAAAAUAAAGAUGUGACAUUCAGACCGAUUCCUUGUGAAGACUCAAACUUUUGAUCCAGACUCUCCCAAGCGAGGACAUUCCUGUCUCAAGACUGUGACCCCUGCCUCUUUCAGUCAGUUACUCGGCAUAGCUGUCAUUUGUAGUCUUUAAAUAAAAGGAUCUGAAGUUGUUUUUCUUGUCAACGGUUUGUCCCUUCAGAAUGAUAUUUUACUGAUUAUUGUUGUUUUCUUCAUGAAGGUACAGCUACACUUGUUUGUUUUUAUGCGAUAUAAAUAAAUAAAUAUUUUUUUUAAAUAUG